AUCCUGGUAAUGAGAAGAAACUACACUUUUCUAUACAAACAAGAAGAGACACUGGGAAAUCAUGCGGUUCAGCAUCCUCUUCUUCAUCGUCCUCCUGGGAUUCAUCUACCUCACACUGGCACAAGGCUCGUAUGAGGACUGCUGUCUGCAGUAUGUCAGGAAUAUUAAACCGUCCAUGAAAAACAGACUGAUCAGCUACAGAAAACAACAGAUGGACGGAGGCUGCAACAUCCCAGCUAUUGUCUUUACCCUGAAACGUGGCCGUAUGAUUUGCACCGACCCUCGGGAAAAAUGGGUGCAUGAACUCAUGCGGAGGGUGGACACAAUGACAGGCGGCUCAUUUAUGAAGAGGAAGAAUCUAAGGGGUUAAACACACCAGUGGCAGCCGAGAGAGGACCAGAGGGAAAGCAGCCCGGGUGUCUCGGCCAAUCACGUUCUUUCUUUGAGAUCUGGCUCUCCAAGCGCACAUUUCAUUAUGGAUCGUGACUUUCCGGUGUAUGUGGUAUAUCAGGUGGCAUUUCCUGUUUCCAGACUUUUGUUGCUUCACUGACGGACUGCUGCUUAAAUGCUCAGAAUGGGAGAUGGCCAUUUAUUUUCAUUUUCCACGUGCUGCCGUUGCCUUCUGUUAUAAAACCUUGUGAGCCGUCUGCAUAGAAAGCCCAGAAGCGUACUUGGUUUUAGCGCAUGCGCACUGUCGAACACGCAGCAUUUAUUUAAUAAUGUGCGCGAACGUGAAACCUUGACGCAUGCGCACUACAAAGAUUCAUCCUUGUCCAGUAUACUACUUUAGCCUUCAUUUAAACUACAUUAGCUGGUACUUCUCUGUAUCUAAUAAAAUGUAUAUUUAAAUUCCUUCUGUUCAUAUAGCAAUGCGUGAAAUGCUGCUUGAACAUACUGACUUUAUAGGCAGCUCACUAGAUUUUGGAAUAGAGCUCAUGUGUACAGCAUCACCUUGAGGGUCAUAUAUUAAGCUACUGUAUUAUGAACUUUCACUUUGCACACUUUGAUUUACUGCUUUUGCCCAACAGUAUGUGUAAUAAAAAGUCAGUGUGAUCGAAAAUGUUAUUAGUUGUAAUUGUGGGUGGGAAGUUUUGCAAGAAAUGCAGAUAAUCCUUCUAUUUCCUUAUGAGUUAAUUAUACUACUGACACACCGACAAAUUACUUUUGAGUUUUGUAUGAUAUUAUAAUGCAUUGUAAAUUAUGAUUUGUUAUUUUGGUUAAUGCAUUAAGCUUUAGGAGUGAUUACUUUAUAGUUAUUGAUAGAAUGAAUAUUCGUGGAUCUCGUUUAUAUUCGUGAAUCUCAACUUCUGCAUAUUUCAUUUUAUAUAUUUGAGUAUUUUUUAUUUCUUUUUUUAUUUAAGUGGAACUACUGUUUUUCACUUUAAUGUUCACACUUAAUCCAGUUAGAAUGCAUCUUUAUAAAGGCUAUGACGCCAUGUGUUUUUUGGUUUGGCUGUUUUGAAACUGGGUCAUAAGCUCUUUGGGUUCCAGACGUUGUACAAUAUUCUUUACACUGCAGAUAUUUUCUCAUAUAUCAUAAAUAAAAUGGUUUGAAAAUAA